AUGGCCAGAGGCUUCGAAUUAUUCCCAAGCUUGAUGCUCACUGUUUAUCCCAGUUCUCCGCUUGCCCAGUACAGGAAGGGGGCUGCGUGUCAUGCCGCAGAAAAAGCAGCGGCUGGGAUUGAUCGGAUUAUGGAGCGGGAAGACUGCCGUUGGGGGUGUGCCCUCUGCCUUGACCAGUUUGCCUACGGAGGCGUCACAAUAAGCAUCUUUGAAUACGGGCGCCUGAGCCACUUCAUAGACGGGAAGGGAGCCGCAGGCAACUGGAUGGCCCUGGUAAAUUGUGCCAGGUUCCCCGAGGAGCAGAAUUUGACAGCUAUUCAGUGCCAGGGACAAAUCUUCUACGAAAGCUGCAAAGAAAUCUUACCGAAGCAGGAGCUGCUGGUGUGGUACGGGGAUUGCUAUGUGCAGUUUUUGGGCAUCCCCAUCAGCCUGAAGGGCAUGCCAGAAGGGAAGAGACCUCAGCAGCAAGCUGAAGAAGCCGGGGAGAGCUAUAAAUGCGAGAGAUGCGGCAAGGUUUUUGCGUACAAGUAUUACCGGGACAAGCACCUCAAGUACACUCGCUGCGUGGACCAGGGGGACAGAAAAUUUCCUUGCCACCUCUGUAACCGAUCCUUUGAAAAACGAGACAGGCUGAGGAUCCAUAUUCUCCACGUUCACGAGAAGCAUAGACCUCACAAGUGCUCAGUAUGCGGGAAGAGCUUUUCUCAGUCCUCCAGCCUGAACAAGCACAUGCGGGUUCACUCUGGCGAGCGCCCCUACAAAUGUGUAUACUGCAACAAGGCGUUCACCGCGUCGAGCAUCCUGCGCACUCACAUCCGCCAGCACUCGGGAGAGAAGCCCUUCAAGUGCAAACACUGCGGCAAAGCCUUCGCCUCGCACGCGGCCCACGACAGCCACGUCAGGCGCACGCACAGUAAGGACAAGGGCUGCACUUGCUCCGUGUGCGGCCAGCACUUCCUGGAGCAGGAGGAGUUGCACUUCCACAUGCAGUAUCACGCCGCUCGUUAG